GUAUCUUCAAUUAACAGAGCUAUCAAUGGAUGUAGCAGUGAUCGAUUGGAAAGAUUCGAAGUUUGAAAAGGAUAAUCUUUAUGAAGACAUUAACGCUCCUCAAUGGAUUGAUUUCUCUGAUGAUGAUCCUCCUGUUGACGAUGAAGCUUGGUUCUGCCGACCAGAUUGUAAUCAUCCCAAAACAGUGGAAGACUUUUUCAGACAAAGGACUCCAGAUUCCUCAAAGCUUCAAAGAUCGGCAAGUGUUUCUGAGAUCCCUAAAUUGGGUGAUCGAUUUUGGAGAGAUGCAGCACUCAAGAAAAGAGGUUUCCCAUCAAACACAGACUCAAAAAGCACUAAAUCUGUCCAAGAUAGUGAGAAUCAGAACCCCAAUUUCUCGACCCCUCCUAACCACAAAGCUAAAUCAAUAAAAGAAAUGAUCAAGUCAAGCUCGGAGAAGAACCAUGUAGAAGAUGGUUUCUUGGUGAAGGAAGAGCCCCCGAGGGUGCUGAAAAGCUCGUUGUCAGCACGUAAUCUGUUUGCCGGAAGAGACAUAUUGAAUCAAGUAACAGAGUUUUGCAACGAGAUGAAGCGAUUGGCAACAAGGGCGAAGGACAAUGGUGAGAAAGAGAUUGCAAAGAAGGAUGUGGUGGCUACAAAGAAACAGGAAAUGGGAGUCUUACAGGAAAGCAAGAAUGAGAGGAUGCCAUUGCUAGAGGUAAAGAAAGAGAAAUAUGCAGAAAUGGAGAAGUACAGCAAUGUCAAGGAGAAGAAGCUUACAAGGAAAAAUACGAGUGGUGAAUCAGAGAACGAACCCAUUUCAUUAAACGUCAAAAGCAUAAGGGGUAAAGAUGAGGAAAGAGUGUUGCAGAUCCGAACAAAUCCUCCGUCACCUCAAUGCUUUUCGGCUAAUAAUGGACCUAUCAAAGCCACCCCACCUAGGCCUUUCCGCCUUAGACCUCAGGAGAGAGGAAUGCUACAAGAGAGAGAAAAAAGCAGCAUCAAGGAGGUGAAGAAAGGCAAUACAAAUCAAGCUGCUCCUGUUUCUACAACACAGAAUGAAGCAAAAGGGUUAGAUGUCUUCUGGAUCUUUAAGCCCUGCACCCUUUCUAGCUAAAUUAUUCAUAUAUUUAAAAAAAAAUCAUUUAUUAAUCUUCUUUUUAAUGAUUCUAUUUCUAAUUUGUUAAUUCUUUAUAAUGAAAGCAAAGCUUUGUAAUUCCAAGAUUACCAUUUGUGUUACAUUCAAGAACCCACAG